UACAGAAAGAAUGGGCCGUGAGGAGAGGAAAUAAAUGGAGGGUAGGUGGGGGUGGCCAUGGGAGAGGUGAGUCAGUGCGGGAGUGCAGGGGGGGAGGGACGGGAGGGAGGCACUGGGUGGGCAGGGAGUGUCAAGAGUGCCAGCAGCAGCACUGAAGCGACUCGGAUCUCAGUGCCGAUGGAGCUGCCGCCGAGGGUGGACGUAUGCCAGUUGCUCGCCUGAGGCACAGUGAGGCUCUCCUCUCCCCUCGCUCGUGAUCAGCGCGCGGGAGGCAACCCAAAGUUACUCGCGGAGUGCGGCGCGUCACUCGCGGGACUGGGCGUUGUCGGGUUUGCCGACCCUCGUAAUACAUUACCGUAUAUUGUUAUGCUAACACUGAAAAGAACAAUCAAGACGAACGAAAUAUUUUUGACGCGCUACAAUACCUAGAGUGCGCAGCAGCAGCGCCGUGACUGUCCGAGUGUAAAGUCAAGUAGUUAUUGUUACUGAAAUGACAAGCCUGAGGCAGCAACAGCCAGGCAGUGCUGCGUGAUCCUCCCUGGGCAUGGCGCGCGGGGUGACAGUCUGCUAGGACCUGUGAGAGCCCCAGCGCCGCCCCGUGACUAGGUGAUGCCCGGCCCGCCCGCCGCAGCCCGGCCCAGUGUCACAACACCGCAGUGGCCAAGGACGAUGGCCUGAAGCGCCACAUCCACUGCCCCCAAAAGUUUCCUCAGGAUUCUGCGUUUUGAGGUGUUUCAGCGUGAUGGGCAGGCUCAAGGCGGGAGGAGCAGGGCCCGGGGGAGGCGGUGCAGAGGGCCUGCAAAGGGCGGGAGGAAGCUGGAUCACUUCGUUGAUGACUGUGAAGGUCAGCCGCCCGCUGGCCUUCAUUUGUGUCCUGCUGGCCGUCAUGCAGCUCUCAGGUGCUGCCCAAAGCGCCGGUGCCAUGGAGGGAGAAGGGCGCUACCUGGCCACGCCCCUCGCACCUGUCCGCCCCGCCACACCUCUGCCAGGACCUCCGAACUCACCUGUCGCUACCUACGCUAUGGAAAAGCCGUCAGGUAACUACAUCCCCAACCUGCCGUACCUGAGGCCUCACCUGGACGAGGCCCCCAACACCCUCUUGCGGAACAACCACUCGCACCAGGACAACCACCGCCUCCCCCUACAACCCAUUCAUCACCACAGCAACCACCACAACCACCACCACAGCCACCACGAGCCGCACCACCACCACUGGGAGAUCGAGGGCGCCACGGUGUAUGAGGAGGAAGAAGAGGACGAGGAGGACGAGGGAGAAGAGGACGAGGAAAGAAUAGAAACCGUAAAGAAUGUAAAUGGAGAAGGGAUCUUUGGACGGUUUUCAAUAUCGUCGCCGCAUCACCAUCACAAACACCACCGCCAGAAGCAGCCGCCGCAGCCCACCAUGAAGCGGAGAUCAGCCACUUCCCCGGCGAGAGACGAGGCGGGAGGAUAUGCAUUCAGGGUGGACGAGAAGAGCGGGGUGCGGCGGGUAAUAGCGGUGAGGGAGGCGGCGGGGUGGGGCGGCGAGGGCGGCGACCCAAGAAGUAGGAACAGCCUUCUCGACCGCCCACAAGACGACGCCACGGUUGGGCCUCCUCCGGGACCAAGCUUUGACCGCAACCUGCCGCGAAACAUCACCAUCCAGGCGGGCAAGACGGCGGUUCUCUCCUGCCGGGUGUUCAACGUCAACGAUAAGUCGGUGUCGUGGAUCAGACAGGACAACCUACACAUCCUGACCGUGGACAAGUACAAGUACAGCACCGACCAGCGCGUGUCCGUACUCUUCAACGAGCCCAACCUGGAGUGGGUGCUGCGGAUCAAGAGCGUUACACCUGCGGACGCCGGGACCUACGAGUGCCAGGUGUCCACUAAGCCGAUCCUGAGCUUCGUGGUGAACAUGCGAGUUGUAGAUAAAUUACCCACGCCCGCCGCCACCCACGCCACGCCCACACCCACGCCCCGCCCUGAGGUGACCGAGGAAGAGGACACCAUCACCGGGACAGCACGCAACGCUUCCACAGUGCCCCAAGCGUGGAUUCUCAACGCACCUGAGAUCUACGUGCACCGCGGCUCACCCAUCAACCUCACCUGUGUUGUGACCCACGGCACGGAGCGGCCUGUCUUCAUCUACUGGUAUCACCACGACAAGGUGAUAGACUACGAGGGCCGGGGGGGCGUGAGGGUGCACACGCAAACAGGACGAGACACCGUGAGCCACCUGCUCGUGAAGGAGGCGGGCCCAGGUGACACCGGCCGAUACACCUGCAGUCCAUCCAACGGGGAGCCGGCCACGGUGAUGCUGCACGUGCUGAAUGGAGAGCACCAAGCCGCCAUGCAGACUAACAGGGGCACAACGCUGCUGGUGGGACCUGGCGGCGAUCUGGGGGUCUUACUGCUGUCACUGUCGCUUCUACAUGGGCUUCAGCGUCUCCAAAUCAAGCGUUUGUAACACAUCAACGCCCAUCACGACUACAGGAGCAAGUAGAGCCCGUCUGUCUCACCCAGUCACUUGGAGGACACCGUUACGUGUAUGUGAUGUUUGUUAUGGGGGUACGUACGGUAAAACGGAGUGCUUCGUUCUCAGACACUAACACACAAGCCGCAGAGCGUCCCUGAGUCCAAAGAGAAGGAUGGUAAGCCUCUACGCCACGCCCACAGCUAACUGAGUAAGCCACGGCCGCGCUAAGCCAGGUAAACGGCACUCGUGUGAUUCCGGACCAGGCUGGCGGGUGGGUAAGGCAUCACGCAGUCCUCGAAAAGCCUCUUUCCCGCUCUGAGACCCUGAGAGCCGCCGCCAGCCGCCCCUCGUGAGGUGGUGAUGGAACAGCUGUAGGAGGAGCAGAAGGAUGAGACGAGGAGCAAAAGGAGAAGGGAGAGGAGGAGGAGCAUGAGGUGGAGGGGGAGGGGGAGGAGGAGAACGAAGUUGAGAUUUCCAUCAUCCUACAAGCAGUUAGCUAAAAGGUUCUCCAGAUGGUGUGAAUAGUCUGUUUUCAGUGCGUGUGUGUGUGUGUGUGUGUGUGUGUGUGUGUGUGUGUGUGUGUGUUUAAGAGGAGAGGAGAGGGAAGAAAAGGAAAAAAAAUAGAAGCAUUCUCCUCAGAACAUUCUAAGAAACUUGAC